AUGGCGGUUAGUCUUUUGUGGCUCGUAGCUGUGGCUAGGUUUGGGUAUUGUCCUACUUCUCCUUUUCUUGCAGCGACAAGUCUUCUCGGCUUCUCUCCUCUUCCGGGUUUAGUUCGGUGUGCAACGACUCUCUCGAUCGGCAGGUGUCUUCGGUGGAAGUACAUAUUUCUUAUGCGGUGGUGCAGUGUAGCUAUCCGUGCUGCAAAUGUUCUGGCUAGAUCGGCACAGUCGACGCGCAUGGCUGUGCCUUUAUCCAGGUUCUCCGAUUUCAAUCGGGCCAAGUUAUUUGCUCUUUGUGCAUCUAUUGGAGCCUCGAAGUGA